GCGCCCAGCCCCCUCCCUACCCCGCGCAUGCGCCGUCGUGCUGUCCGCCGUCGGAGCGUGUUGGUAUUUCAGCUGUCCAAAGACAACUUCAUACCUGUAUAAUGUAACAGAAAAGGUCAGAAAACAUUAGGCAACUAGAAGUGUGGAGCGUCUUAAUCAAGAUGAACGUCUCUGGGAGCAGUUGUGGAAGCCCUAGUUCUGCAGAUAUAUCUAAUGACUUUAAGGAUCUUUGGACAAAACUAAAGGAGUAUCAUGAUAAAGAAGUACAAGGUUUACAAGUAAAAGUAACCAAACUGAAAAAGGAACGAAUUUUAGAUGCACAAAGACUAGAAGAAUUCUUCACCAAAAAUCAACAGCUGAGAGAGCAACAGAAAGUCCUUCAUGAAACUAUUAAAGUUUUAGAAGAUCGAUUACGAGCAGGAUUAUGUGAUCGCUGUGCAGUAACUGAAGAACAUAUGCGGAAAAAACAGCAGGAGUUUGAAAAUAUCCGGCAACAGAAUCUUAAACUUAUCACAGAGCUUAUGAAUGAAAAGAAUACUCUACAGGAAGAAAAUAAAAAGCUUUCUGAACAGCUGCAGCAGAAAAUUGAGAAUGAUCAACAGCAUCAAGUAACUGAGCUUGAAUCUGAGGAAAAUGUUAUUCCAGAUUCCCCAAUAACAGCCUUUUCAUUUUCUGGCAUUAAUCGACUGCGAAGAAAGGAGAACCUCCAUGUCCGAUACGUAGAACAAACACAUGCUAAACUGGAGCACCCCGUGUGUACAGACGAAUUGAGGAAAGUUCCAAAAUCUUCAACUCAUCUACAACAUAAGCCUAACGAAAAUGAAAUUCUGGUGGCUGAGACUUGUGAUCAAAGUCAAUUUCCAAUGGCUAAAACACAUGGAAAAAGCAGUUACCCCACUGAUAAGUCAUCUUUUAAUUUAGCUACAGUUGUUGCGGAAACACUUGGACUUAGUGUUCAAGAAGAAUCUGAAUCUCAAGGCCCCAUGAGCCCUCUUGGUGAUGAGCUCUACCACUGUCUGGAAGGAGAUCACAAGAAACAACCUUUUGAGGAAUCUACAAGAAAUAGUGAAGAUAGUUUAAGAUUUCCGGAUUCUAGUUCAAAGACUCUUCCUCCAGAAGAAUUGCCUACUCGGGUAUCAUCUCCUGUAUUUGGAGCUACGUCUAAUGUGAAAAGUAGUUUAGGUUUGAAUACAAGUUUGUCCCCUUGUCUUUUAGAGACUGGGAAAAAAAAUCAUCUGAAAACAGCACCUUUCAGCAACACUUCUAAUUCUAGAUCAGAGAAAACUAGAUCAAAAUCUGAAGAUAGUGCUCUUUUCACACAUCAUAAUCUUGAGUCUGAAGUGAACAAGAUCAUUAGCCAGUCAUCUUCUAAUAAGCAGAUGCUUAUAAAUAAAAAUAUAAGUGAAUCCAUACGUGAACAGGAUAGUAUUGAUCACAUUAAAGAUGCUAUUACUGAUAAAGAUAAACAUGUGAUGCCCCUGAAAUCACUGGGAGGCAGAACAUCCAAAAGGAAGAAAAUUGAGGAAGAAAGUGAAGAUGAAGUAAGCUGCCCCCAAGCCUCUUUUGAUAAAGAAAAUGCUUUUCCUUUUACACUGGCUAGUCAUUCUUCCAUGAAUGGAGACUAUGUGAUGGAUAAACCUCUAGAUCUGUCUGAUCGGUUUUCAGCUGUUCCGCGUCAAGAGAAAAGCCAAGGAAGUGAGAUCUCUAAAAUCAGAUUUAGGCAGGUGACUAUCUCUGAGGCUUUGAAGCCCGUUCCAAAAGGCUCUUCCUCAAGCCACAAGGCCUUAAGUGGGAGCUGUACAUUAAUCAAAAAUUCCCUAGAGGAGCCCUAUUUACAGGAAUGUGUCCUCCAGUCCUUGAGUAAAUCCUCUCCAGAUAAUAAAACACCAUUACAAAUAAAGGAAGAAAAUCCUGUUUUUAAAAUCCCUCUACGUCCACGUGAAAGUUUCGAGACAGAGAAUCUUUUUGAUGACAUGAAGGGUGCUGGUUCUCAUGAGCCGAUAAAAAGAAAAACCAGGUCAGUCCAUGGAGCAUGUGAACUUGCAUCAGUUCUUCAAUUAAAUCCAUGUAGAAUUGCUAAAACAAAGUCUCUACAAAACAGCCAAGAUGUAUCUUUUGAAAAUAUCCAAUGGAGUAUAGAUCCAGGAGCAGACCUUUCUCAGUAUAAAAUGGAUAUUACUGUAAUCGAUACAAAGGAUGGCAGUCAGUCAAGAUUAGCAGGAGGAGAGACAGUGGACAUGGACUGUACAUUGGUUAGUGAAACUGUGCUUUUAAAAAUGAAGAAGCAGGAGCAGAAGGGAGAAAAAAGUCCAAAUGGAGAAAGAAGAAUGAAUGAUAGCUUGGAAGAUAUGUUUGAUCGGACGACACAUGAAGAGUAUGAAUCCUGUUUGGCAGAUAGUGUCCCCCAAGCAGCAAAUGAAGAGGAGGAAUUGUCAGCUGCCACAAAGAAACCAAACACUCAUGGUGAUAAACAAGAUAAAGUCAAACAGAAAGCGUUUGUGGAGCCAUAUGUUCAAGAUGGUGCAAGAGAGACUAGCUUACAAAAUUUUCCUCAUAUUGAGAGGGUUCGGAAAAAAGAAGAGAGAAGAAAAUUGCUUGGACACACAUGUAAGGAAUGUGAAAUUUAUUAUGCAGAUAUUCCAGCAGAAGAAAGAGAAAAGAAGUUGGCUUCCUGCUCAAGACACCGAUUUCGCUACAUUCCACCUAACACACCAGAGAAUUUCUGGGAAGUUGGUUUUCCUUCCACUCAGACUUGUAUGGAAAGAGGUUACAUUAAGGAAGAUCUUGAUCCUUGUCCUCGUCCAAAAAGACGGCAGCCUUACAAUGCAAUGUUUUCACCUAAAGGCAAGGAGCAGAAGACAUAGGUGUUGAAGCAAAAACAGGAUAGAGCACAAUUUUUUUUUCUUUUUAGUUAUUUAUAGUUAAAGUUGUUAUUAAACAUUGAUUUUUUUUUUGAUCUUCUGUAAACUGAUUUAUAAGUCAUUUUUCUACUGAAAAUAUUUUUAAAUGGCAUUUACCCACCAUACAAACAACUAUUUAAAAUGUGGAUAAGUGUACGUUGUAUUUUCUUGCUUUUGCACCUUUAAAACAAUAAGGUGGUUUCAUUUUGCACUCUAACUUAAGAGCUGUUUAUUUACUUUAUUUGGUAAUACCUAAUUACAAUUUUGAAAAUACGGUA